CAUCUAGCCUUUCUGCCGAACGUCCUACAGAUGCUGGACCGACCGUCUGGAAGCAUGAGGAAGAGCCCGCACAAGACGGCAGCACCGGCUCAGUCUCCGGCUCCAGCUGAAGUCGGCGUGUCAAACUACGAGGUCUCAGUACAGCAACUCAACGAGCUGCUGUCAGACGGCAACGGAUAUUACAGCCUCCCCACGAAACAUUUUCACGAGGUCUUCCCCAGGAUUUACGUAGGCAACGCGUUCGUGGCUCAGAAUUCGAUGAGACUGCGGCGGUUGGGAGUGACGCACAUCCUCAAUGCGGCUGAGGGCAACUCCUUCAUGCACGUGAACACUAGCGCCGAGUUCUACGCCGGCACCGGCAUCAUCUACCACGGCAUGAAGGCCAACGACACGGAGCACUUCGACCUCAGCGCCUUCUUCGAGGAGGGUGCGGACUUCAUCGACAAGGCUCUGGCCUACAAGGACGGGAAGGGGAAGGUGUACGUUCACUGCAGGGAAGGCUACAGCCGCUCGCCCACGCUGGUCAUCGCCUACCUCAUGCUGCGCCACAAGAUGGACGUUCGCACCGCACUCUCGUUGGUGCGGCAGAAGCGGGAAAUCGGCCCCAAUGACGGCUUCCUGAGGCAGCUGUGCCAGCUGAACGAGCGCCUUGGCCGAGAGGGCAAGUUAAAGACUAAAUGAGAGCCCCCCCAUCUCUCGUACUUUGCCUCCCGCGGGGGGGUCACAUCCCAGCCCCUAGCCAGGCCAGUGCACCCCCAGUCAUCUACGUGGCAUACCCAUACCCACCAAUCACCAUGACAGCACCUUCUUUCAUCCCCUCCCCCCCUUUCCCUUCACUUCACCUGCUGGCCUGUCAAGAGGAAGCCCCGCCCAUGCGAACAGCGGGGAGCCAAUGAGGGAAGCUCUCGGUGCAUGCGCCCGCAGCCUGCCCAUCCCCCUCGUUCCUGUGUCCACAAGGUGUCCCACUGCCAGGCUUUGAAGGCCUCCUGUUGGUUUCCUGCUCCUUUUUAAGGCGUCUAGGCAUUACAGACACACACACACACACGCACACACAUAUAUUAUAAUAUUAUAUAAUUUAUAUAUAAAUAUAUAAAUCCAAGUGUAGAGUUGCCAGUUUUUUGUGUGAGAUGAACGGAUAUCUCAGAAACACCUUUUGCUGGGAAAUCCAUCUGGAGCUUCAAAUGGCGUGUCUUUUGGAAAGCUUUGCCUCCCAGCCAUCUCUGUGAGAGUGCCACACUCCUCGCAAACCAGCACUAAUUUCCCAGAACUUGCUGUAUUAACAUAGGAUCCGAUGUGGGUGUUUGCUAACUGGCUGGCGUGAUUACCGCAGCUAGCAGUUGACAGUAUUCCUUAAAGCUUGUUUAUUUCAGAGUCUUUCGUGCAUGAGAUUAGAGACCAGUCCAGCCAUAUAGUAGAAAUGGUGUAUUUAUGUCAAUGCAAUCAUCGAAGAAUAGCACAAUAACUUUAGAGUUGCCCACUGCCACAGAUAACCAGGCUACCUUGUCCCAUCUUUUAACAGAUGGUUAUGAUGUCAAAGCUCAUUUCCAAAAUAAAUAAAUAAAUGCCGUCUGUACAAUGUCCACUGACCUGUCUGAAAUCUCUCCCAGAAGAGAGUUAGCUGCCACUGACCUGUCUGAAAUCUCUCCCAGAAGAGAGUUAGCUGCCACUGACCUGUCUGAAAUCUCUCAGAAGAGAGUUAGCUGCCACUGACCUGCAGUGACCCUGUUAUACUAAAGAGCUGAGCCAUUUUUCGCCCUGAUUUUGCCAGGUCUGUGCCAUCGAGGAAUCUCCACCUCAUACUGAGUCACAAGCAUCCUCCAAGGAUCUUUCAGGUCAUUUCAGGGUAGAAAAAGCUCCCUGUGACUAAAAUUUUUUUGCCCACUGUUCAAAAAAUGUUAACUGAGCAGAAUUUUUUUCAAAUUUUGACAAGGGACACAUUAUACAUGGGUCUUUUAUUUGAAAGCACGAGAAGCUUGUGGUUUAAAGGCUGAAAGAGUGCUUUCCCUUAACUGCCAUGGUUUUGGGUCCCCCCCCCCCCGGAUGAGAUUUUACACCCCCCUCCCCUUAUCUUACUGCCCCUUGUGUGGUUGCAUGUGACUGCAGAAUCAGCCCCUAUACUCACAGCCAAUCGCAUUCCACCUGGAAGGUCAGCUGGACUCCCUCUGUCUCGCUCCAGCCUGCCCCCCCCCC